AUGGAAGCCCCCAAGAAAGGGCAGGUCCCCAAGGAGGCUCUGGUCUCCAUCACCAGCAACCAGGUAGACGGAGCUCCAUCCUACACAGGGGGUCCUGGAGGAUGGUCAGAUGAGGAGCUGAGAAACAGUGGUGUGAACACUGACUCCAGGGCUCACAGCCAAGACAGAACUGGGGGAUCAGAUUCCCGGGGAAAUGCUGACUCCCAGCAGCAGAGCCUCGAGCGGUGGGGACAGCCUUGCUGUGACAGCCAGUCUGGGCAGCAGUACAAGUGCCCGUCACUGUCGGGGGAUGAAUUAGUGCAGUGGCUGCAGGCAGUGGUUCAAGGAGCAGCACAGGGGAGCAGUGAAUUGUGGGGACAGACACAUGGGCUGACAGGAAUGCUAUGCCAUGUAUAUACACGUAAAUGUACACUAUUCACCAGCAAAUCUCUAUGGUUUUCACAGAAAAAUAUAACCUUUCAGUGUCACUUGGAGAAAAGCACAGCUGCACCACAGCAGGAAGAGAAGCAGAGGAAAGGAAAACAAUUGUCACCUGUUGAAAUGCAUUUCCAGAUCCAGGAUGGACCCUCUACACUCUGGGGUGGUGGCCAUGCGGAGACCAGGUUGGAGCAGCCUGCUGUAGUUGUGGCACGUGAGAAAAGCUCAGCCUCCCUGCUGUGCACAGCCAAUGUCAAGGCCAGCUAUAUCCACUGGUACCGCUACCAGGAAGGAAAAGGGCUCCAGAGGCUCCUCUACCUGGCCAUGUUCCAAACAGAUGUGCAGUGGGAUUCGGUCCUGGAAGCAGACAAAGUCACCGCCAUAGAGGCCAAGGAUGGCUACAGCUGUACCCUGUUGGUGCUGAAGCUGGAGAAGAGCGAUGAGGGCGUGUACUACUGCGCUGCCUGGUAUGGCUGGAACAGCAACAAAGUGAUGGGUCCUGGCACACAGCUCAGGGUUACAGAUAGAAACCUUAAUGUAGGCAUUUCCCCCAAGCCUACAAUUUUUCUUCCCUCAAUUGCUGAAACAACACUCCAGAAUGCUGGAACAUAUCUUUGUCUUCUUGAGAAUUUUUUCCCUGAUGUUAUCAAGAUAGACUGGAAAGAAAAGAAUGACCAAACAGUUCUGAAAUCCCAGCAGGGAGACACCAUAAAGACUUAUAACACAUACAUGAAAUUCAGCUGGCUGACUGUGACUGGAGUGUCAGUGAAUAAAGAAUACAAAUGUAUCAUCAAACAUGAGAGGAAUAAAGGAGGAGUUGAACAAGAGAUUCUAUUUCCUUCACAGAAAAAAGAGCUCACUGCUAUUACCUCCGCAAAACCUUCUAUGAGAUAUGAAAAUGACGUCCUGCAGCUGCAGCUCAUGAACACCUCUGCCUACUACAUCUACCUCCUCCUUCUCCUCAAGAGCCUGGCCUACUCUGUCGCCAUCACCUUCUAUCUACUUGGAGACCAGCAUUCUGUGGCAAUGGGAAGAGUUCCUAACACACAGUGACACCAAAGGUCCCCUUUUUCUCCAUUGGCUAUUGUGGCGACAAGUGUCUGCUGAGGAUCUAGUGCAGCUUUCUCUCUGAGACUGAAUUAUUUCAGUUCAAAUGUGUCUUUUCCUAUUGAGAAAUUAUUGCAGAAUAGGUUUACAAACCACUGGGCAAACAGAAACUUUCACUCUGUAGCAAGAACAAAAUCUGUCAUGACUCAGGGGCGGGGCCAGGGGGCCAUCCCUAGGAGCUUCAGCGCUGCUCUCUCCUCGAUGUCCACCAGCGGCUCAGCCACGCAGUACCCAUACCUCAGAGUUCAGCCAAUACACAGCUUCCAGCUACAUCUCCAAAGGGUCUUUAACCAGAUAAU